AUGACAGAGAUAACGAGCAAAAGGUUCUGGAGAGCCGUUCUGGCUGAACUGAUUGGUACGAUUGUUAUCGUUUUCGGUGGCAUUGCCGCAGCCAUUGGGAACACAAACAACAGCAGUCCAGAUCAGGAGAUAAAGGUGUCUCUGGCCUUCGGUUUGGGCAUCGCCACAGUUGUCCAGAGUUUGGGCCACAUCAGUGGAGCCCACCUGAAUCCUGCAGUUACCGUUGGGAUGCUUGCCAGCUGCCAGAUCAGUAUAUUCAAAGCCAUUAUGUAUGUAAUUGCACAGAUGCUGGGUUCAACCCUGGCCUGUCUUUCUCUGUAUGUAGCACGUCCAAAUACCACCGAAGCACUGGGGCUCAACACUAUCAAUGGUGUCACUCUCAGCCAAGCCUUGGGCAUUGAGCUCCUAACAACGUUCCAGCUGGUGCUGUGUAUCCUUGCAGUCACUGAUAAAAGGCGGUGUGAUAUCACUGGUUCAGCACCCUUGGCCAUUGGUCUCUCAGUCUGCCUCGGACAUUUGGCGAUUAUCAGUUACACAGGCUGUGGAAUCAAUCCUGCACGUUCCUUUGGUCCGGCUUUAAUACUAAACAAUUUUGAAAACCACUGGGUUUACUGGAUUGGGCCGAUCACUGGAGGCAUAGGAGCAGCUCUCAUGUACGAUUUUCUGCUCAGUCCUAAAUGUAAUAGUUGCUUUAACAAGCGGAGAUCUGUUCUG